AAUAUUAAUGAAUACAAUAACAUCGGUCAGUCGGUUGAUAGCGAUGUCUGUAGAUGUACAAACAGGCUUUCAAGGUUAUUGUAGCUGACGUCAUACCUAAUUUUAAACAUUACAUUCUUUAUUUGAAAUAUUAGAGAUGAAAACGGAAUUAUUGCUUGUGUUAACAAUUGCUACAUUGGUCUUAACAAAAGAUUGCACAAAAAAUGGUAAACGAGGUAUAUGCAAACCCCUCGCUGAUUGUAAAACUGCGCUUGACGAUUUCAGAAAAUAUAAAAGGAUACCUCAGAUGUGUAAAGACGACGAAGGUAAAAUUUGUUGCGUCGAGAGAGUUAAAGCCUCGGAAUAUGGAUCAAACGCACCACUCGGCACCGUGCCAACCCCAGUUCAAUCGACAUGUGAACCGAUUGCACGAAAUUUGACAGCCGCAAGAACAGGAAGAAAAGCUUGGGAUAAAUGUCUAGAAUAUCAGGAGAAAUUGAUAUAUCCUUGUAGAGAAAGUAAUACACCAUCAGGUGGGAUGAUUCGUUUAGAUUUCUGUAACAGGAAACCGGACAGUUUGAUUAUUGGCGGGGAAGAUGCAUAUGAAGGAGAAUUUCCGCAUAUGGUUCUUCUGGGCUUCCGUAAUGGUACAUCAGAGCAGAGUUGGGGCUGCGGCGGCAUCCUGAUCAGUGAGAGGUUCAUCCUCACAGCGGGACAUUGCAUCUAUAGUAAGGAAUUCGGUCCAGUGACUGAUGCGAAGGUCGGCAUCCUGGAGAGAUCACAGGAGGUGGACAGCUCGCGGCGGUAUAAGAUCAAAAGGAUCAUCAAACACCCUGAUUAUAAGCCGCCUCAGAAAUAUAACGAUAUCGCUCUUCUGGAGACUGAUAGAGAGAUAAUGCUGGACAACUUGGCGGUGCCCGCCUGCUUGUACGAUGGUCACCCGAUUAACGACUCCAGCGCGAUGGUCACAGGAUGGGGGACCACCGUCUUCAGAUAUAACAAGAUGUCUAACAUUCUACAAAAGGUGACUCUACAGAAGUUUUCCGAUGAAGAAUGUUACAAAAGCUAUUCACCAAACAGUCGAGGUAUCCGCCUCAUGAAGAAAGGCUACAAUAGUACUACGCAAAUAUGCUUCGGAGAUUGGCAUGAGAAAAAAGAUAGCUGUAAUGGUGACAGCGGUGGACCGGCUCAAGUCAAACAUCCGGAUAUCUACUGCAUGUAUUCAGUGCUCGGGGUUACCUCAUGGGGUAGAGAAUGUGGCCACCCCGGCCAGCCGGCCAUCUACACCAGGGUGGCCGGAUAUAUACCUUGGAUCGAGAGUGUCGUUUGGCCAUAACUGGAUGAAACCUUUAUUGCAUAUGGCCAUGUGGCUAUAUGGCCAUAUUUUCACACAAAUUUCUGAUAAUAGUAUUAAUUUUUUU